AUGAUUUGGCAGAUUUAUGGAGCUUCAGUAGGUAAUUAGAAUAAGAAAUUGAAAAGCUCUUUGUGGGAUUGCUGCAUAUGGAAGUUAUAAAAUAAAUGAAGCAAAAUAGUUUAAAGAAUUAUAUCCUAACACUCUCCCUGAUAAAAGAUAAUAUUUGCUUUAAUAACAUUAGAAUGCCGCUGAUGUUUAUGAUCUAACAUUUGAUUCUUACGAGUAAACAAACAAAAUUAUAUGAAAAACUUUAAUAGUAGGCAUCAUAUCGUAAAACAUUGAUUAAAACAUGUUUAGAAGAUUUUAGAAACAGGUGUUGGUACAUCUAGAAAUCUUAAACAUUAUCAGUGAUUUAACAGCUGUAGAUUAGAGGUGGCAUUAUUAAAAUUUACAUCAAACAUUAAUAUAUUUUAUACAUUGGAAGAUGUUAAAAAUAUGAGUUUCAAAGAUAAUACAUUCGAAUAUUCAACACUGUCUUAGACACUUUUGGUUUGGAAUAUUAUUUAAACCCUGAAAAGGUAAUUUCUGAGAUGAAGAGAGUUUAUAAACCAGGUAAAAUUAAUUGGAAUAGAUAAGGUGGUAAAAUAUUUACUACUUACAACUGGUAGAUGUAACUAUGA